AUGCCGGACUCUCCGGAGAAAAUCUCCAUCACGAUCUGUGGAGAUGGUGGAUGCGAAGAUUCAUAUUCCGUCACGCGCGUCGUGGAUGGAGUGCCCUAUUUCUUGUCUAUCACCGAUACGGCGGGCCAGGAGGAAUACCGCGGACUAUGGACGGCUUCCAACCUGAAAACAGAUGCUUUCUUGCUGGUCUACGAUAUCACCAAUCAGCACAGCUUGCACGCCCUGGACUACUUCAUGGAUAUGAUUGAGAUCGAGACUGAACAGCGAGCCGAACAGAGUCACCGCCUGCGACAAGAACUGGGAGACAGUGCGGCGGGCCUGAGGGUGGGCAUGCCGCCGCCCAUCAAGAUCGUAGCUGGUAAUAAGUGCGAUCUAAAAGAGAGUCGAGUGAUCGGGGCUCCUCAGGGCUUGGAGUAUGCCCGCAGGCAUGGGUGCGGCUUCAUGGAGACCAGCGCUCGUGAGAUGGUCAAUAUCGAGGAGACCUUUUCUUUGUUAAUCCAACGAGUGGUUGAGGCGCGCCAGGCCUUUUAUCAUCCGACGGCCUUGAUCCCAGAGCCGGCCCAAGGCAGCGGCUGGGUUCCAGAAUUGAACUCGACAGCUAGCACGAUCGUCCACUCGCCCUCCGUGGAAUUGCCCUCUAAACACGUAGCACCCCGACAGCGAGGUUUUGGUUGGCUCCGGGAUAGGAAACGAGUCCAUCAACGACAGGCUGAUAGGUAUCGUUAUGGCAAGUCCGAUCCUCCCGUGCCAUCGCAUCGCGAGAAGCAGCAAACUCGUUCGGCAGCCAGAACCUGGCGACGAGUGUGGUGCUUUUGA